AUGGCCAAUUUUGUUGAUGGCCUCACGAGACCCGAAAUGGAGAUUUCCGAAGGCGGUGUAAUUUUGGACAAUCGGACACGUUUCGCCGAUCUCAAAGUGAUGCUCGACAGCAACAAGGACAAUCUGAAAGUCGACGCGAUGAAGCGCAUCAUUCAGCUGAUCGCGAAAGGCCGAGACGUCAGCGAGCUGUUUCCGGCGGUUGUCAAAAAUGUGGCGGCGAAGAACGUCGAGCUCAAGAAGCUCGUGUUCGUCUAUCUCGUUAGGUAUGCCGAAGAGCAACAGGAUCUCGCGCUUUUGUCGAUUUCAACGUUUCAACGGGCGCUCAAGGAUCCGAAUCAGUUGAUUCGCGGAAGCGCGUUGAGGGUGCUCACCUCGAUCAGGGUCCCAAUGGUGGCGCCGAUCAUGUUGUUGUCGAUAAAAGAAGCGGUGCGCGACAUGAGCCCGUACGUGCGCAAAAUUGCCGCCCACGCGAUUCCGAAACUCUACAAUUUGGAGCCGGACCUCGAGACGCAACUCAUCGACUGCAUCGAUUAUUUGUUGGCCGAUCGUCGAAGUCUCGUGCUCGGCAGCGCCGUCUACGCGUUCGACGAGAUUUGCCCGAAUCGCUUCGACAUGCUCCACAAGCAUUAUCGCGCGUUGUGCCGCGCGUUGCCCGACGUCGACGAAUGGGGCCAAAUUGUGAUGAUCAAUUUGUUGACGCGCUACGCGCGCAGUCAACUCGCCGAUCCCGACAAAGUCGUGCCCGAUCCCGACGUUGUGCUUCUGUUGAACUCGGCGCGUCCGCUGUUGCAGUCGCGGAAUUGCAGUGUGGUGAUGGCGGUGACGCAGUUGUUCUACCACGUGGCGCCCAAAGCUCAAUUGUCGCAGAUUGCUCGCGCCCUCGUCCGACUCCUACGCGGCCCGCGCGAGGUUCAAUACGUCGUGCUGAUGAACAUCGCAACGAUUUGCGAGCGAAAUCCGGUAGAGGAAGGCACUUUUGCCAUUUCGAAAAACAUGUUCGAUCCGUUCCUCAAAUCGUUUUUUGUGAGGAGCUGCGACUCAUCGCUCGUCAAACAACUCAAACUCCAUGUGCUCACUAGUCUCGUGUCGGAAACCAAUGUUCAUAUCAUAUUGAGAGAGCUGCAGACUUACGUCCAUAUGGGCGAUCUCGCUUCAUCGGCAGUCGAGGCGAUUGGACGAUGCGCGGUGCGCGUCGGCAACGUCAGCGAGCAGUGUAUGGGCGGCUUGGUGCAGCUCAUCUCGUCGUCCGACGAGAACGUCGUGUGCUCGGCGGUCGUUGUGCUCAAACGCCUUCUUCAUGCGUCGGCGCCGGUGGCGCUGCUCGCGCGUCUCAUGCGGCUCAUGCCGAAAAUGGUGGCGCCGCAAGCGCGCGCGUGCGUCGUCUGGCUGGUGGCGACGCACGUCGAUCGCGUCAUCCACAUGGCGCCCGAUCUUUUGCGAAUUCUCGCGAAAAAGUUCGCCGCCGAAAGCGAGCUCGUCAAAGUCGAAUCGCUGAAGCUCGCCGUGAAAUUGUGGAUGGUGAAGCGUGACGAGUGCGAGAAGCUCGUUCACUACGUGUUCCAGCUGGCGCGUUUCGAUUUGAGCUACGACGUUCGCGAUCGGUGCCGAUUCUUGAGGAACUUGAUGUUCAACACCGAGAUUUUGUCGAAACACGCCGAGGAGAUAUUCAUGGCGAAGAAGCCGGCGCCGGCGUUGAUGAGCACGUUCAAAGAGCGCGAUCAAUUCCAGCUCGGUUCGCUGUCGCACGUUCUGAAUCAGAAGUGCGCCAAGUACAUCGAGUUGCCCGAAUUUCCCGAGACGAAUGCGAUUGAUUUGCUUCUUGAUGUUGAUUUUUCGGCGGCUGGAAGCCGACAGAUCAUGGAGCCGGCGUUGGUGGAGAACAAGGAGAUUGAGCUACUGAAUGUGGUCGAAGGCAAUGGAAUCUCGCUGUCGAUCAGCUAUCCGCGAACGAAUGACGCCCAAUACACGCCGAUUCGAUUUUCGAUCUACAACUCGAUGGAGCGCGACGUCGACGGUGUUGAGAUUGAAUGUUGCGACGAGCUCGACGUCAAAGGCAAUUCGAAGAUUGGUGGUGUUGCGGCUGGCGCGAGUCUUUCGGUGAUCCUUGGCGUUGAUUUGGAGGAUAGCAGCAAACAGAGGGAAUGGUGCUUGAAGCGUGACGAUGGAACGGAAAAGCGGUUUCGAUUUGAGGUUCCGUAUGGGGAGCAGGUUCAGCCGGUGCGGAUAACCCCAGAGGAAAUGGCGAAGGAGAAGAAUCGCCUCGGCGGAUUGAAUCGCAAUGUGCUUGAGCUCGCUGAGCCGGUGAACGGCGAUGUUGUUCAACGACUCGCCAAUGUUUAUCGAAUUGAUGAAAAUACUUACACGUGCCAAACGCGAUCGCGAAAAGAUUUUUGCAUUUUGAGCGUUUCGCCGAGCAAAAUUGAGAGCUGCUGUGAUAAUUCGGUGAUUGGACGAAUGCUGGCGUUUGCCAUUCAAAAGAACUAA